AUGGCUUCCUCGCAGCCGACACCAGAUCAGCAACCCAAGGUCUACCUUCGCAACAGUGUCUACAGUACGAACGGAGCCGAUGACAUCCACGCUCCGUCAUAUGGGCAGGCCCCAGUAACCUACCGGACUGGUGAUACAACUGUUUAUGUUCGCCAGCCCCCUGCUGUUCAACGGUCUCCUUACCCGACCACGGAUACAGGCGGCCUGCCAUUCUACACCGAUGAACUCACCACUGGAACUGGAACAUAUAAUGAGAUUUCCAGCGAUUCGAAAGGCAGGCGCUCGAGGUCAAAUCAACGACCUCAUCAUCACCAUCACCACCAGAACCAAAGAAGGCAGCGAGUCGAAGAACCGGAUGGCUACUGGAUCCUGCCUCAUGAUAGCAAGCAUGCGAAGGUACAUUCAACUACGGCAGGGGCUUACGUAACUCCUGGAGGGAGACGCCUACCUCGAACACCUAAGAAGCACACGGCAGGAUUGCAGGUUUUGGGAACAGAGCAAACUCAAAUGGUCGGUAGUGAACAAGAUGAAUUAACCUCAGACUUGACCCAGGAUUUGGAGGAGUACAUGCAGUCGUCUCAAUACCUUCCCUCUGAAGAUUCAGAGAUGACUAUAACCUUCCACUACAAUCCCACCGGUGAUCUGGAGACGGCCUUCGACAACGACUUGCUUGUGCGAUUGCAGGCGCAGUGUCGAGCAUACCUUGCCAAAUUAGACAAACGACGAAGGCUGAGAGAGGACGAUGCAGUGCGCACCAUUCAGAGGAAUGCAGCUCUCUACUUUGACCCUUGGUUCCGGCUCUUUCUUGUUCUCAAACCCCACUUAAAACGGCAUCGUCUGGAGGAGGAAAUUAUCCAACUGAAGAGUGAACUUGAAAAGUUCAAAGCAAUGGUCAAAGUUCUGCGCUACGAAAACGUGGCCUAUCAAGAUAAAAUAUCGAGACUCUUAAUGUUGCUUGAUCAGAUGCAGCCAGGCGGCACGAGCGGAGACCUGGUUAGCAAGCUUGUAAAAGAGUUAUCACUGGCGGUAGCUGACCAUCAGAAGCAAUGGCGGGCGAUGAUUUCUGGAAUCCGUGCAGAUGGGCUCAAUGGCGCUGCAAAUGGCAUAUCCCCCAUCCCCGAUGGAAAUCACGUUGAGAAAGACCUGGAUCCUAUCACUGAGAGUUCUUACCAGAUGGCCAAGGAAAAUGCCGAAUUCUACCGGAAUCAACUAGAAUUACUCCGGGAAGAAGUGGACGAUCAGAAUGCACGUACCAGCCAGCACUACGAAGAGAAGAUUGGCGUUCUUUCUGAACGGGUAGAGCAGCUGCAAAACAUGCUGACCCAAGAGAGCUUUCGCGUAGAACGUUUGAACGGAGAAUUGGAGGCAGCCAACAGUCAACUCGCUGAGGCCCGUGAAACCGAGGACAACUUGACCAGCAUGGUGGACGACUUGCGGGCCGAGCUGGCCCGGCGUCGGUUGCCCUCGGCCAGCGACCCUGGCACGCCCGGUGAGCCAAUGAUUGUCGCCAAGAGCGUCGACAACGCAUACGCAGCUGCUCCCCUUCCUACGUCCAUUGAAGGUCUCCACGAUAAACUGCCGGAUCAGAUAAGCGCACAAAAGAAGCUGAUGGGGAUUCGUAAUUAUUUGGCUGAAAAUCCGGACGUCUAUGAAACUCUAAAAGACACCCCUCUAGGCCAAGGAGGGGAAUACGACAUUUUGUCUGCCACUGACAGGCUGGGAAGCACUUCCUACGGACUGGACGGUACACUGGGUCAUUCGAUGAAUUCCGUCUUCCAUUCGCAAUCGCAUAUUGAAAACUACCACUUGGGUCGAGCACAUGAAAUUGAGAAUCGAAAUGACAUUCUGCAACAAAAACUUGAAGAAGAAAUUGGCUACAGAGAAGACCUGGAGUUGGAGGCCCAAGAGCUGCGCAAUAAAAUAUCCAACCUGCAACGCCAAGUACGUCGACAACGCGAUGAGCACGAAGAGGAGAUGGUGGAGCGCGACCAAGCACACAUCCGACGUGUUCGCGAGCUCGACGACGUGAUCGAUGAGCUGUCGCGUGAGAAGCAAGGUCUGGAGAAGCGCUGUCUGGAACUGCAGAAAAAAGUGGAGGAACUGAGGCAGGAGCCUGACCUCAGUGAUAGUGAAAAUGACAAUCUUCGGGAUACACAUGCCAUGUUAGUCGCGGACAAUCGUCAAUACCUUAAGGAGCUCGAUCAAAUCAGAGAGGAAUUUGAGCAGUACAAGCGGGAGAAUAACACGGCUGAACUUAAGGAACAGCUUGCCGAAAGAGACGAGAGGAUAUCCCAACUGGAAGUUAGCCAACGACACACCAGCUCCGACAUGGAAAUUCUUAAUGUUCGUCUGCAAAAUGCUAACAAACUUCUGGACGACAACGAGCAAAGGCUUCGCGGCCUGACGAAGGAGCGUCAGACCCUCCUCCACCGGAUCUCCCAGCUGGAGUCGGAGCGCGAUUCGGCUGUCCGGGAGGCUGCGUCGGCUGUCGGCAAGGCCGGGGCCGAGCGCGAGGCCGCGGCGGCGCGCCAACGCGAGCUCGACGACCUCAAACACGAGCGCCACGCCUACCAGAAGGAGCUCACUGACAUGAAGGCAAGACUUGAGUGUCCCGAACCCCAUUUAAAACCUUGA